AACGCGCAGGCAGGAAGCCGCCGGGCCGGCAGGCACCAAUCAGGCCGGCCCGGGGAGGGAGGGCGGCGGCCGAGGGGAGGCUGCCGGCGGGGAGGGAGGCCGAGCCGGCCCGGCGGUGCGAGGGGCAGAUGGCGGAGGGCGGCCCCCCCGGCGGCGGGGACCCGCCCGCCGCCUCAGGCGGGCAGGCAGGUCGUAACCUAAAGGAGUGGCUGCGGGAGCAGUUUUGCGACCACCCCAUCGAGCACUGCGAGGACACCCGGCUGCACGAUGCGGCCUACGUGGGGGACCUGCCCACCCUCAAGAGCUUGCUGCAAGAGGAGAGCUUCCAAAGCCGGAUCAACGAGAAGUCAGUGUGGUGCUGCGGCUGGCUGCCCUGCACGCCACUGCGCAUUGCUGCCACUGCCGGCCAUGGCCCCUGCGUUGACUUCCUCCUCCGCAAAGGGGCUGAGAUCGACCUGGUGGACGUGAAGGGACAGACCGCCCUCUAUGUAGCUGUGGUCAAUGGGCACCUUGAGUGUGCCAAGAUCCUCCUGGAAGCUGGAGCUGACCCCAACGGCAGCCGGCACCACCGCAGCACCCCAGUCUACCACGCGGCACGUGUGGGCCGGGCAGACAUCCUCCGGGAGCUGAUCAGGUACGGCGCAGAUGUGGAUGUCAAUCACCACCUCACUUCCCGGGUCCCCAGCCUCUCCCUGCGGCCCCUCACCACACUGGUGGUCUGCCCACUGUACAUCAGCGCUGCCUACCACAACCUCCAGUGCUUCCGGUUGCUCCUCCAGGCAGGAGCCAACCCAGAUUUUAAUUGCUGCGGGCCCAUCAACAUCCAAGGCUUCUCCCGGGGCUCCCCGGUGUGUGUGAUGGACGCUGUCCUGCGGCAUGGCUGUGAAGCAGCGUUUGUCCACCUCUUGAUUGACUUUGGAGCCAAUCUGAACCUGGUGAAAGUGGAGGCCUUGGGAGUUGAAUCCACAGGAAGGGUUAAAGUCAACCCUGAGGCUCUGGAGGUGUUCAAAGAAGCAAGGGGACGCACCCGGAGCCUCUUGUCUCUCUGCCGCAUAGCUGUACGAAGAAUACUUGGCAAAUCUCGUCUGGAUCUGAUCCAUAUCCUUCCAAUCCCAGACCCCAUUAAACAAUUUUUACUUCAUGAACACAGUUAAAGGGCAACUGGCUGCUUUCUGGGACAGUUUGAUUUGGUAAAUGAGUGCGCUGAUAAAGCCAGGUGCCGAUCCUAACCCUUCUCCCACGGUGAAAUGCUGUAUUGCUCAUGGAGUGCACAUAAUUUCCUGCCCCUGUGAUAUCCCCCUCCAAAUUUAGGGUGCAGUGAUUUUGUCUCUCUGUUCUUAAGCUACUGGUUAUCUAACUGGUGAUCUCUUGUUUGCAAGGUUGGGCAAUGAGGCAAAUAAGUGUGUGUGGCUGUUACAUGAGCAAAUACAAUAUAUCCUAUAGCUGUUAGCAUAUGUCUGUCUGUUAUGACUCUACCUCUGUUAUUGCUCUGUGUUACACGCACCUUGGGUCUCAGCGGUACUUCUGCGUGGGGAAAAUAUCCAUGCUUAAGUCUUUUCUCUUCCUAUAGUGUACAAGAGAGUCUCUUCUCGCCUUGGUAAGGGUUUUACAGGAACACUGUUCUCUUUCUGCCGUCAGUACCUAGCCUUUCUCUUCCCUAUGGAGUUUGUGAUUGCUGCUGUAGAAGUGGGUGUAUUUUCUUCUGUCCUCUUCUGGUGUGAAAUGCAUCAAGUUUCCUGUCCGGUGCUGUGCGUUACGUGGAAAAUAUAGUAUCCAUGUCUCUACGUGCUGCAAGGUAGCUGCUGACUUGGCUUUCUUCAUGUAGAGGCCCCAUUGCACAGACGGGAGAGUAGCAGAACAUGUAAUCCUAUCCUGUCUGAGACGUUUCUACCGAGCACCAGAUCUGCUGUGGCAUCUUGGCUCUCCCCCAGGUACUGUGAUGGACAAGGCAGGGUCUGGCUAGUCCUUAUCCUGACUGCUUGGGACUGGGUCAAGUCUCGUGACCAAAACUGAUAGCUACACAGCCUCUGGUGGGGAUGUGAUGCGUAUGGUUCAGUCGCCACUGCAGUGGUGGUGGGACAAGAACUGUGAUACUCAGCAUGUGAACCUGAAAGAUUUCUGGGGUACUUUUUGGAAAAGUAAUAGCUAAAUUAAUCUUCUGUUCACUGUAAAAUGGGUUCGAAUAUUUGGGAGUGACCAGGAGCAACAGUGGAGGGGCUGCUAAAUUAAACUGUUGUGUUGCUGUGCUGGGUGGUAGUUGAUGUGAUGCCUGUGAAUCUAUCUGUGUGAUUAUGAAGAAGAUGACACCAAAAUGAGCUCUAGACUGCCUGCUUGCAAUAUUGCAGUGAUUAUGAUGUGAUUGAAAGUCCAGUAAAGUAGCUGAUGAUGCACAGCACAUAGAAAUAGAAGUUCCUACUUAAGUUCCUACUUAUAUUUUACACCAUAUUCCAUGGUGGCAGUAUGACCAGAGAAAACCCUCCCACACCCGCUUAACAGGUCUUUUUGUUUGCAUACAGCUUCUAUCAGCACGGUGGAAAAGGGAGAAGAAAGGACUUUUUUUGUCUUUUCUUGAAGAGUUAGGAGGUUAUGUGCUUCUAAAUGCAGUGUUGCAACCAGUAGCCUGGGCUGCUUUCAUUUCCAGUGCCUCUACAUGUGCUUUACCUUCAUGUCGCAAGUUCACAGACGAGUGUCAUUCUACAGUGAGUCAACAGCCUUUCAUGGGGAUCUUGGGGUCAGCCAGCUCCUUAAAGGUAGCAACGUAGUCAUUGUAUGAGAAACAUUGUCAAAAUAGCAACUUUAGAAGGACAGAGAUGAUCCCUCAGGAUCUUGGGUAAAAACCUAGGUGAUAAUUGGUACUUGCUUUUACUUUACUAAUCCAAGUUCUUUCUAGUCCCUGUGUUAUAAGUUGAUUUUUUGGACAAUUUUUCUUUGAUAUAUGUUCUUUCCAUGCCCAUGCAGUUGGCAAGGGUAUUUUUUUCCAGAUGUGAUUCUAAAGAUGUUGGGGAUUUAUUUAUGUGUGGUAGUAGUGCCUAGAAACUUGUUGUUGAGAGCUGAGUUAAGCAUGGGAUGGCAAGGACAGUAAAACAGCCCCUCCUGGGAGUGGGAUCUAGCUCUGGUUGCUAUUUUCCUUCACUCCCUGUGGUAACAGGGAAGUUGGGUUAUUGAAGCUACCUUGCAUUUCAGUUUCGGAUGGCUUUGGCUGACAGCCCUGGUUAUCCUGCCACACUAUGGGAGUAGACCCUCAAGGCAGCCCCAUAGACUUGCCCUAUGGACUUGCCCCGUAGGUCUUUACACUAGUUACAAAAUUUUCUUUUUCCAGAGGCAUAAAUGAAUGUAAAAUCACAGUUCAGUUUCUGGUCCUCCCACUAUGGGAUAUGUUUAGGGUGAAGUUUGAUAAGCAGUGAUGGGCUUUCUUGUGUGUUUUAUUAUCUGUUGCGGAACACAUGCCUUUCCAAGAUGCUUUCAGAGAAGGAGGAAGGGCAGAAAAAACACGGUCCCUAAUUGUUUCCUGUUAUUUCAAUUUCAUGGGCAGGCCUGGAAGGUCCAGCUGGCCCCUUACAUUGCUCUGCUCACUGAUUUUAGCAUAAGGUGGCAAAAUUUGCACUGUUGAACAGGCUAAAGUGUGGUGGUUACACUCAGUGCUCAGAUACCAAAGCAAAGGAUACUUUCAAAACCCUUUGUCAGGUGAGAGAUAAUGGCAAGGAUAUGUGGCCGUAGGCAUGCUUUCAAGGUGAGAAGGCAGCAGUUUUGCACUGUUUCCUUUUCAGGCUUGCAGAUGGUUUAGGUUUUCACCAUGCUGGAGGCCAGGGCAGUCCAUGAGCAUGUUGCCUGAGAGUUGUGCACUUGGUUUAUAGAAGUGUUAACAUGCCUGAAAGAUGCAAACAGGUUGUAAAGCCUCUUGUCACCUUGCUGGUGGAACCAUAAUGUUUUGCAGGAGCACGGGCAGAACAUACUCUCUAGCUCCAGUGUAUAGACGCAGAAAAUGAGGUAGGUUGUCUUGAGAAAAUGCCGUGGCAACAGCUUCUUUGGGUCAGCUUUUUGCCCCUUGGUUUUUACUUGUUCAUACAGUUUUCCAAACUGGUCACCCGUUGGUGCCUUUUGGGUGAAGGUGGUAGGAUGGAUGUGGAAGGCACAUGCUCUUCUGGAGAGAGCUGGCUCCAUCUGGAAUGAACUAUGGUGAAAUGCCACGGUGGGAAUGGUAGAGUGUGGCUCAAAGAAAUUCAGAGAAUUUAGUUGUUAACUCAGUGCUCGAUGUAACUCGAGUAUAUAGUUAAAUCUAAGCCUCUGCAGAUGACCUGUUACAAUUUUAAUUAGAUAUGCUUCAGUAUUUGGUUUGUUGACACUUGUGCCCUUGCCUGACACUGUCCUACAGUGUGCUUAUGGAUAGCCAGCCAGUGGCACCCUCACCAGGUGCUCUCUUCCACAGCUGUAACUCCCAUGUGAGUGAAAUUGUGAAGAGCACCCUCUUCCUAUGCAGAGAAUCAAUACCUGGUACUGGCAGGAUUCCUUUGUAGGUCCCACUGGAAGCUCAAGCCAUGCUGGGGGUGGGGACUUUGGCCUCCGUGUGUAUGGGUAGUUCUUUUGACCUCAAGCUUGAAGGACUAUGUGAGUCUUCAAAUCCAACCGAUGUGGAGUCCAAAGGAUUCCUCUGACCAUGGAUAUCUCCAGCCCCCGAUCCACAGGUCAAAGGAUGGUUCUCCCAACCCAAUAGCAAACAAGCUUGAAGUUCAUCAGUCGCUUGGACAUCAAAGCUUUGAAGUGCAGGAGACCUUUUGCCUGGACUACCCAUCCAACUCCCAUCUUAACUUAGGGACUGUGCCUCCUGCAGACGUCUCAGUGUUAAACCUGUAUGGCUUUUCUUUUGCUUUGAGGGCCUGAAGAGAGUCCAACUCAGGGGGACAACUCACAUAAUAUUAAGCUGUAAGUGCAAAGACUACUGUCAGAGUACGUCCCUGUGGAUGUUGGUUACUGAGACUCCGUAAACCCAGCUUUGCCCAAGUGAAGUGGUUUAAUACACAGAAAAUCUGGAAUUUUCAUUGUAGAGAGAUAAUAGUCUCAAAAUAGAUUAAUGAUAUUCAUAGACCUCGGUGUCCUGUCCUGUGGGGUCAAAAGCUAUAUCCUCUGGCUGUUCCUGUCCUUUUAAACCCAAGAAACGACAGUCUUCCGAUAUGAAAUCUGAGUAAUAUGUGCAUGUUAUGUAUCUCCACAUGAUACAAACAGCAUUUAUUUUUGCCUUAACUCAGGUUUCACCAUUUCUUCCUACGUAGCAAAGCAUUCUCUUUUGUAAAGGUAUUCUUUUCCAUGUUGUCCAUGGGGUAUGCUCAGAUAACAUGAGUAACAAACGAGUAUUAUGAAGUCAUGGGCGGGAAAUUAAACAUUUCUGCAGUGUACAUCCCCUAUAUUGAAGAAUGCCUGUUGUAUUUGGGCAUAAUAUAUAAAGUGUGCAUUGUGUGGCCUUGCUGUAAGCAUGGGUGAGGUGGGAUAACAAGAUUUGGAAAACGGUUAAAGAACCAAAACAGAUCUGGAAUAAGCAAAGCAGAUACAAAGCAGUCUUUUUGAUGUGGGCUUUCUUCUUGCCUUUGUUGCUAUAGGGAAUUUCUAGAACAUGAAAUGCUGGUACCCAAAUAUAAUUUACUGCUCUUUGGGAGUUUUGCAAAAGGCAGAAGAAGAGCAUCUGUUGGGUUGAAGUGUUUUGGUUUUGUUUUGUUUUGUUUUUUCCCAUCCCCGAAGUCAAGUAAAGCACUUUUUACACCAAAAAUGGCCUUUCUGGUACAGCACCUCUUUAGUCCUUCCUGUUCCAGUGAAGAAAGCAGCGUAAAAACCUGCCUGGGACACGACAGAGGUGACAGAGUCCCACUUCAAGAAGUGCUAAUCAGUGAUCUGUUGGGUGUUGCCCAGGGUAAAAUGAUCGUGCACAGCAGAAGAUCAGAUCUGAGAGCAGACAGGAGGUAUCUGUGGUGGGCUGGAUCCCUGUGUAGCUGAAUAAAGAUGUUCCAGUGCAA